AUGUUGGACAACGUAAAGGCACACUGGCAAGACACAGAAGUGGACCUUCUACUCCAACACCUGAUUCAGAAUCGGGCAGCAGGUGGUGAUGGUGGGAACUUCAUGAUGCCCACCUUCAACAGCGCAGCCACUGCUAUCAACGACAAUCAUGCAAUUCAAACAAUAGGCCCUCCGAAGACGUGCAAGAUGGUUAAAACAAAGUGGACAUUGCUCAAAAAAAUCUACAAUCAAAUCGAGAUCUAUCGCAACGUGUCUGGUUUCCAUUGGGAUAAUGUGUGGGGGGCUGGAAUAGAGGGGACAGCUGCCCCCAGUGUUUGGGAUAUGUAUGUUGACCCCAAGGUAUGUAAUUAUAAUCAAUUCUAUUGCAUUUGA